AAAUAUCAGAAUUUAUUCGAUGUGAUAAAAGUGAUUCUGAGUAUGAACAUAGUAUCUGCAAUAAAUGCUCUGAAAGAUGUAAGAACAAAAAGAAAGAUGUAAAUUUAAGACCAAUAUCAGUAAAAAAAAUGAAGCUUUUGAAAACUAGCCUUAGUAUAGAUAUUUCAGAAUAUAUUUUAAGCAAUGUUAAUGAUGAUAAUAUUUUAGAAGAUUAUGAGAAAGAUAUCACUGAAGAAACAAAUA